AUGACUGUUGCCAUUGCGCUGCCAGCCGGCGACAAGAGCAACAAUGUCAUGCGUGAAAUUCGUGUCGACAAGCUGGUGAUCAACUGCUGCGUCGGCGAGUCGGGUGACAAGCUCACACGUGCCGCUCGUGUGCUUGAACAGCUAACUGGUCAGAAGCCCGUGUACUCUAAGGCGCGCUACACGGUCCGUACCUUUGGUAUCCGUCGUAACGAAAAGAUCUCGUGUCAUGUCACUAUCCGUGGUGAACUUGCUCAAGAAAUUUUGGACCGUGGUCUGAAGGUGAAGGAGUAUGAGCUUUUGCGCAAGAACUUUUCGGAAACGGGCAACUUUGGAUUUGGUAUCCAGGAGCACAUUGAUUUGGGCAUCAAGUACGACCCUUCUACGGGUAUCUACGGAAUGGACUUUUUUGUGGUGCUUAAACGCCCUGGUGCCCGUGUUGCCCGUCGUAAGAUGCAGCAGUCGCGUGUCGGUGCGCCGCACCGUCUGACCAAGGAUGACGCUAUCAACUGGUUCCAGACCAAGUUCGAGGGCAUUGUCCUGGAUGCGCCUCGUCUUUAA